UAGAGGUUGUCAGUGUACUGAGCAGCUGGAGUACAUUGUUACAGCUGUGUCUCCGCUUAUUUAUGUUAUAUAGAUGUCCGGUUAUAAAUACGUUUGCACCAGCAGCGGUCAUCGACAGAUGGAUCAGAUUUAUGGCAGGUAAGAGAGCAUCAGGCUUGGGGGAAAUCGGUUUCAAGCUCAUGUACAUAUCAGAACGUGAUUUGGCUGAGCGCGUGAGAAACCAGUCCUGCUGCAUUGACAGAUUUGAUCUGUGCUUUCAGAUCUAUAUAAUAAUAACAACAGUGACCUGCCUAAGAGAGAUGAGUAUUAUGUCUUCAACGGUGGAGGUACUGAGCAUCGGAUCAGGUGCUGUUGGAUAUUUCUGCUGAUAUCUGUUCAGAUACUGCGAGAACAUGAUUGGCUCACCAGAUUUGGUGGCUUUUACCAAAGAAGACGACUUUGGGGAUUCAUUCUCAGAUCGAUGGUCACUUCCGGAUGAGUUUUCUGUGCCCUUGUUUACACAUGCUGCCAAUGCAAAUCCCUGGACAAAGACAUCCUAUGCUAAAUUCUCUAAAGAUUUCAUACUUAUCUCUGAGUUUUCAGAGCAGGUGGGUCCACAGCCAUUACUUACUAUUCCCAAUGACCCCAAAGUGUGCGGGACAUUUGACCUUAACUACUUCUCCCUCCGCAUUAUGUCUGUGGACUACCAGGCUUCUUUUGUUGGACACCCUCCUGGUAGCAACUACCCGAAGCUCAAUUUUGUGGAGGACUCAAAAGUCGUUCUUGGUGAUUCCAAGGAAGGUGCGUUCGCCUACGUCCAUCAUCUAACCCUGUAUGAUUUAGAGGCCCGUGGGUUUGUACGCCCCUUUUGCAUGGCCUACAUUUCAGCAGAUGAGAGAAAGAUCAUGCAGCAGUUCCAAGAGCUGUCAUCGGAGUUCUCAAAGGCUUCAGAGUGUCUCAAAUUAGGAAACAGGAAGGCUUUUGCGAACGAACUGGUGAAGAAACUGAAAGACUUGGAGUACACCAGAUCAGUACUGAACAAAGAGACAGAGCUGCAGAAAAUGAACAACGGAUGUUAUUCCACACAAGCCAUCGAGAAGGCGAAUGAACUGGCGAAUGUGGAGAAGUCCAUCUAUGAACAUAAAGAUCUGCUGUGGCAAAUCACAUCUUACCCUUCUAGGAAAAAGAAAGACAUGGAUCUUGUGCAAUGUGAGGUGGAGAAACCAGCUGACGCAAGUGUAUUAGAUGAUGGUGAUACACUUACUAGUAAUUGUUUCGAAAAUGCUGAUAAGACUAUGGAGGCAGAAAGUGAUGGGCCCUCUAGAAAGUCUUCAUACACCCCUCAACUUAUUAAUGCUAAAUCUGCAAAGUGCUUUGAUAAACGUUUGAAAACGCUCGAAGAGCUCUGCGAUACACAUUUUUUCCGACAAACUCUAGAGCAACUAAACUUAAUUGAGAAGUUAUUCCGAGGAGAUCUCUGCUUGAUUUACACUAGCCAGAUUGACAGAGCUCUUCUGAACAAACAGAGAGUGACUAGUUUUCUCUUUGAAUCAGAACAAGACUGUGGUGAAGGACUCUCAAAAAGUUUCAAUACAAGUACAAACAACCCUCCAAUCCCAAUUCUGAACUUAUCUGGCAAGCCACUCAGUCUUGUUUCCCACACCACCUGUGUUGACAUGUAUCAUAUGAAGCCGGGUGUGGAAAUGAUGGAAGGGCCUCCUGAGUCUAGUGCAUCUGACAUCACGCAAGAAACCUCUGAGGCGGCCGAUACAGAGACCAAAGGGAGUUUUAGUAGCGACAAGAGUAUUGAGGCACUUGUAGGUGCAAGUCCUUCCAGUCUGCAGCCAAAUUGUUUUGAAGUCCUUGAACGAAAGAGUAAGGUGUUCAUUGCUUCUUCAUCUGAGGACCUAAAUGUGAUUAAAUCUAAUGCAGUUCCACAUGGGACAUCAGAUAGGAGUUCUUCAGAGGUGUUUGGAACUAAAAAUAUAAUCCCAAUGGACACCGCAUGCUGUAUUGGGCAGGAGGGUUUUAUUUACGAGGAAACAUUGCCAGAGAUUGCACAGGAAUGUUGUGGGGACACAGUGGUGAACCAAGAACCCUUAUCCCUUCUUCAAGGAGAUUCUACUUUACAGAUGGACUACAUCCUAGAAGCCCCCAAUAUGGGAUUGCAUUUUUCUGAGCUAAACAUUAGUGCCCUCUCUGAAGAGGUGGCUAGAAUUAACAUUGAAGAUGCCUCCGAUUCUACCAGCUACAUGAGUGCCUCCACCAGUUCUGAUAGAGCAGCGUCUCCGUUCACCUACGGCAGUGUGAUAACGAUGAAGCAGAAGAAGAAGGCAGGUCAUAGUACUCUUAGAUUCAUCAGGCAAUAUCCAUUCGCUCAACAAGCCAUUUUUUGCCUUCUCAGCGGCCGAACGCUAGUCAUUCUUGGGGUGGAUGAGGGCACAGUGAGGAAGCUGGUCAAUGCUUUGUUCAUUUUUGUGCCCAACCUGGGCAAGUAUGGCGAAUCUGUCCAGCCGUGGCUGUCGACGCCAUUUCAGCUUACUGACCUGCAGAGAUGGAAACUCAUUGGAUUGCAGAGAGCUACCUCCCCUGCGGGAUCGAGCAUAUUCCACUCUUUGAAUAGAUACAGCCGUUACAUAAGCAUUUUGGACUGUGACAACAAGACCCUUCGAUGUCCAUCAUACAAAGGAAUGUUAAUAAGCCUUAUGGCAGACCACAGGACUCAAAUUAAGCGUGGCAGCACCUACUUCCUCCAUGUUCAGAGUAUGUUGACUCAGCUCACAGCCAAGGCCUUCCUUUACACGUUCUGUCACCACAUUCACCUUCCCAUGGACAUCAACGACCAGGGCUCGGUCACGUCGCGGAGGACUAAUUUCUUGUCACAGCUCGGUUAUACUGUGGAAGAGAGUCAAAUCGUCCAGUACCUGAGUGAGCUUAUCAAGCGACAUUACGUUCAGGGACCCUCGAAGGGGGUCAUCCAAUCAUUCUUUAUUUAUAACUACACCACCAGCUAUUUGUACAAAAUCUGAAUGUGUCUAUUUGAUUACAAUGUCUGUUUCAUGUUCAAGAAAAAGUUCACCCAAAAAUUAAAAAUAAAUGUUAUUAUUUACUCAAACAUCUCAAACCUGUAUGACUUCUGUGGAACACAAAAGGCCAUUUUUAUUUUUUUUCAUGUCUUUCUUUAUAGGGUUUACUUGCCAAAUUAUUAGUUAAUAGUGACUCUGGUCUGUCAAGCUCAAAAAAAGACAAAAAAAAAUAAACACCAUAAAACCACAGUAGAUACGAUUAGUAAAAUAGACAGUAAAAUUCUUGAGCCAGAACCACAUUAUAGCAACCAUGAGUAGGUUACCCCAUGUGACUACCCUCCCUAGCAACCGGGCCAAUUUGUUUGCUUGGGAGACCUGACUGGAGUCACUCAGCAUGCCCUGGAUUCAAACUUGUGACUCCAGGGGUGGUAGUCAGCAUCUUUACUCACUUAGCUACCCAGGCCCUCAAUAUGAUCUUUUUUAAAAAAAAAUUUUAUUAACUAAAUUUAAGUUGUUCUUCACUCUCAAAUUAUAUUAAUAAAGCUCUAAAAUCAAAUAAGGCAGCUACGCCGAUAAAUAGUUACAAGCUUGUUAGUUCUCAAUAUGUCUCGUGACCAAACGUGCAACAUCACGGACAUGCCGUUCGGUCACGAGACGCAAUUUGAGUGAGGUGAAUUUAUGGUCCUUUUUUGAGCUUGACAGACCGGAGUCACCAUUCACUUGCACUUUGACAAGUGAACCCCUUGAAGACAUUUUUGAAAAUGUACCCUUUGUAUUCCAUAUAAGAAAAAAGUGACUUUAGGGUGUGUGAAUAAUGUAAUGGGCUAAAAUCAGUAGACCAAAUGUAUUGAAUGUCAUUUUCAUUAGCUUUUUUUAUGUGUGUGAAUAUUCCCAUGCCAUUCUGAGAAGUGGAGGGUUGGAUGUUUUGGCGUUACUAAUUUGGUCUUGAUUAUUUGUUUAGUGUUGUUGAUACACAUUUAAAGUUAUUGCCAAACGGACAUGGUCAGCUCUUUUUAAUAUAACAAAUGCAAGCACAAGACAUACAUAGUUGAAAUGAGGGCAUACAAAACAUUUUUAUUUUGCAUCUCAUUUUUAACUAAACAAGUAUAGUUAGAGGGAUAGUUUUUCCAAAAUCAAAAAUUCUAUCAUCAAGUAUAGUUAAAGGGAUAGUUUUUCCAAAAUCAAAAAUUCUAUCAUUUUUAUACCCAAAUGUUGUUCCAAACCAAUACAAGUUUCUUUCUUCCAUAGAACGCAAAAGGAGAUUCAUCAGAAUGUUACCAUGUCACCAUUCAUUUUCAUUGGAU